GCCGCCGCCCGCGCCGCACGCCGCCGCUGUCAAUCAAGGGCGAGUCAGCCGGGCUCGGGCGGAGAGAGGAGCUGCUACGCCACAGCCCAGCGGCGGCCAUUCGCGGAAAAAGAGGCAGAGCCUGUGCCAGCUACAGCCUCCUCCGAGCCACCCCGGGCGGGCGGGACCGGCCUCUCCUCCCGCCUCGCCCCCCCCCCCACCCACCUCUAUCCCAGUGUCUCUGUGAGGGUUUGUCCUGUUAAUGCGGGAUGAGCGAUCAGAAGAAGGAGGAGGAGGAGGAGGCGGCAGCGGCGAUGGCUGCAGAAGGAGGGAAAACCUCUGAGCCAGAGAAUAACAAUAAAAAAUCCAAAACCUCAGGCUCCCAGGACUCUCAGCCCUCUCCUCUGGCUUUACUGGCAGCUACUUGCAGCAAAAUAGGGACUCCUGGUGAAAAUCAAGCAACUGGACAGCAGCAGAUUAUUAUAGACCCAAGCCAAGGAUUGGUACAACUUCAGAGUCAACCACAGCAGCUAGAACUGGUGACCACGCAACUUGCUGGCAACGCUUGGCAACUUGUUGCCUCCACGCCUCCUGCUUCAAAAGAAAAUAACGUUUCUCAACCAGCUUCUAGUUCAUCUAGUUCUUCCAGCAGUAAUAACGGGAGUUCCUCUCCUACAAAAACGAAAUCAGGUAACUCUUCCACUCCUAAUCAGUUCCAAGUCAUACAAGUACAGAAUCCAAGUGGUAGUGUACAGUACCAAGUGAUCCCCCAACUCCAGACGGUGGAAGGUCAGCAAAUUCAAAUCAAUCCAACUAGUGGUUCAUCUCUACAGGAUUUGCAGGGUCAAAUUCAGCUCAUUUCUGCAGGUAAUAAUCAAGCUAUCCUCACUGCUGCUAACAGGACAGCUUCUGGUAAUAUCCUUGCUCAAAACCUGGCAAAUCAGACAGUUCCAGUACAAAUUAGACCUGGUGUUUCAAUACCAUUGCAAUUGCAGACCCUUCCUGGUACUCAGGCUCAGGUUGUAACAACCCUACCAAUUAACAUUGGAGGAGUGACUUUAGCUUUGCCAGUGAUAAACAACGUGACUGCCGGAGGAGGGACUGGACAGGUUGGCCAGCCUACUACUACUACUACUGAUAGUGGGACUUCCAAUGGGAAUCAGUUAGUUUCUACGCCCACCACCACCACUGCUUCUGCCAGUACUAUGCCUGAGUCGCCCUCCUCCUUUACUACUUGCACAACCACUGCAUCAACAUCUCUAACAAGCAGUGACACAUUAGUGAGUUCAGCAGAUACGGGCCAGUAUGCAAGCACAUCAGCCAGUAGUUCUGAACGCACCAUUGAAGAAUCGCAAACACCUGCUGCUACCGAGUCUGAAGCCCAGAGCUCCAGUCAGCUUCAGCCCAAUGGGAUACAGAAUGCACAGGAUCAAUCAAAUUCUCUUCAGCAAGUGCAGAUUGUAGGCCAGCCUAUCCUGCAGCAGAUCCAGAUCCAGCAGCCUCAGCAGCAGAUUAUUCAAGCUAUCCCGCCACAGUCAUUUCAACUGCAGUCAGGGCAGACAAUUCAGACCAUCCAGCAGCAGCCUUUGCAGAAUGUUCAACUUCAAGCUGUAAACCCGACUCAGGUGCUUAUCAGGGCUCCAACUUUAACACCUUCAGGGCAAAUCAGCUGGCAAACUGUCCAGGUUCAGAAUAUUCAGAGUCUUUCAAAUUUACAAGUUCAGAAUGCUGGGUUAUCUCAGCAGCUAACCAUCACCCCAGUGUCUUCAAGUGGUGGCACAGCUCUUGCUCAGAUUGCUCCGGUGGCCGUCGCUGGUGCCCCAAUAACUUUGAAUACUACCCAGCUUGCAUCAGUGCCUAGCCUUCAGACAGUGAGCGUUGCCAACCUUGGUGCUGCGGGCGUUCAAGUUCAGGGAGUUCCAGUAACAAUCACUAGUGUGGCAGGUCAGCAGCAAGGACAGGACGGAGUAAAAGUCCAGCAGGCUACUAUAGCUCCUGUAACGGUGGCAGUUGGAGGGAUUGCUAAUGCUACGAUAGGUGCUGUUAGUCCUGACCAACUCACACAAGUGCAUUUGCAGCAAGGCCAGCAGACCUCUGAUGCAGAGGUGCAGCCUGGCAAACGGCUUCGAAGAGUUGCCUGCUCGUGUCCUAAUUGUAGGGAAGGAGAAGGAAGGGGCAGCAGUGAGCCAGGAAAGAAGAAGCAGCAUGUUUGCCACAUUGAAGGAUGUGGGAAAGUGUAUGGCAAGACCUCUCACCUCCGAGCACAUCUUCGCUGGCACACUGGAGAAAGGCCUUUCAUCUGCAACUGGAUGUUCUGUGGCAAAAGAUUCACACGGAGCGAUGAGCUGCAGAGACACAGAAGGACCCACACAGGAGAAAAGAGAUUUGAAUGUCCAGAAUGUUCUAAAAGGUUUAUGCGGAGUGAUCACCUCUCCAAGCAUGUCAAAACUCACCAGAAUAAGAAAGGCGGUGGGACAGCGCUUGCCAUUGUUACCUCGGGAGAACUGGACUCAUCCGUUACAGAGGUGCUUGGCUCCCCACGGAUUGUCACAGUUGCAGCCAUUUCUCAAGAUUCGAAUCCAGCAACUCCCAAUGUUUCAACGAACAUGGAAGAAUUCUGAAACGCUCUCUGUAACAAAGACCUCUAGUGCUGCACUUACGUUUACACACCUUUGAAAAUCUGGAAAUGGGCUGGUCAAGUGGAAAUCAGAGUAGGAAAUCACAUUUGCAUCCUUGGCAUCUUUAAGAAUUCCAGGGAUUUUUUGGUUCAACACAUAAAGUGUUGAAUUUUUAAAAACAGAAAAAGAAAACCAAUAUACUGGAAACAGAAAAGUAUUUCUUCCAUGCUAUAAGUUGCUGUAGUUUUUUGGAAAUACAUCACAUAACCUUUAAACAGAAUCCUCCCUCCUUUAACAUCAUGUGUUGUUAAUAUGUCUAAAGAGAUAGACCAUGCAAAUUUGCAGGCUGGACCUUAAUUGGAUUUAAUCUGUUUGGAAGUACUUUGUUAAAAAUUUAGCCAGUAAUAACUUACAUGCACUUCUUUUACUCUUUAGCACAGAAAACAGAUCGUUAUCUGACAAUAGGGAUAAUACUGUGUUUCUUUAGCUUGGUUUUUGGAAAAAAUCCAUUCAAAAUAGUUUUGGCCGUCUUUUCUAAAUAUCAAAAGUUCUUCAAAUUUGAAUUAGGUUACAUUCCAAAAUACUAAUCUGAGAUGUGUCUCAGGUCUUUAUUACCACUACAUUAUAGUAGUGUGUACGCAGACAAUCAGUGAAGCCCAAUUAUUUUCUCCAUUUUGGAGACACAGAGGACCUUAAAGUGAACUCUUAGGUUAAAUUUUAGAUUGAAACCUUAGGGAAAUGCUGGGAAAAAAUUCGUUAGAACAGAAUUCAUGAUAGCUUCAGAAGAGCAAGAGGAAGCAGUUUGGAAGUUGAGGUUGACUGUGUGUCUAACCCUGUGUUCAAUAGCAAAAUUUCAUUUUAAAUAUUCAUAUUGGAAAUGCUUGCAUAGAUUACAGAUCUAUGUAAUUUCAUAUCCUGUAAAUAUGAGUUAUGCUGACAAUGUGCAGAAUUCUUUAUGCUUUGACUUGGUAGCCAAAGAAAGAAUUAUCAUACUUUUUCCAGGCCAGCAGAAAAUUAUUUUUAACUAUAUUAUAAUUUUUGUUUUCCUUUACUAAAAAUUGGCAAAUCCAAUUUUAUUUCUAGUAUUGUAUUAGGUUUAUUAAAACCUGUAUCACAGUGAUAUCUUUAUGUUGUAUCAAUAACAGAAUUUUCCCUAAAGGUUUAGACAGCUUAACAAAUGUAUAAUAGAAAUGAUAUUAUGAAGCAAAAAAUAUUUUUGGAAAACCAGAAUACUUUUCAGUCAAAUAGUGACUGAAAAUAUAUUUCAUUGUUUGUGCAAGGGUCUUAGAGAGCAGUGUCUUAUUAGGAAAGAUGGCCAAACUUUUCAUAGGAAAAACAAUUGGGUUAUUCUAAUUGAUUAAACAUUAGUAAGACACUCAGUGUUUUUAGAACAUAUUUACACAGAGUCAUAACUAUUGAAACUGACCAUUUGGAAACUAAAGUUUUUAUCUACUUCAUUUGUUACCAUCAUUGGUUUGAAUAUAGGUAUAUGUUUUCUUGUGCAUUUUUUAUUAUUUCAGGAAAAGUACUACUCAUGAGAAUUCUCUUCCCAAAUCGUGAUGUUUCUUGUAUUUUUGAUGAAGGAGAAAUACUGUAAUGAUCACUGUUUACACAAUGUACACUUUAGGCCAGCCCUUUGUAGCGUUAUAUAAAACUGAAGGCCUUUUGUGCUUUCGGUUUGUAUAAAAAAGCUUUGAGAUUAAAGGAAAAAAAUUUUUACACUGUGGUUAUAAAUUUCAAGUUUCUUAAAGCUUUUGUAGACUUGUAACAAAGUCUUUAAAUUUUAGUUGAAUUUUGUAAAUUGUUUUGUAUAUUUUAUUUAAUGUACUCUUAACAACUGAUGUAUCUGGCUUUAAAACAUCAGAAUCAGUUUGUUGUUUUGUUUGGUACAGAGGAGCAUUUGGUAGUGUUAAUUUUAAUUUUAUUAUAUAGGAGCUGAAACAUCAAAUAUAUAUUUUAUCUAUCAUGCUACACAAUCAUUGCUAUAAUUUUUUUUAUGCAAAGAGACUUUCUUAAUGAUUUAAUCAUGUUUUCUCUGAGCUAUACUUUUUGUUGUUAGCACCAAGUAUGAGCACUCUGCAUCAUGAUUCCACGAGCCAGUUUUAUGCAACCCGUGUAUGCUCAUCAGAAGUGCAAGUUAUCUUCACCAACAAUGAGGCCUAUUAUAAAUGUAUCAGGCUGAAUCUGGAUUACCUUAUAGUAUAUAAAAUAAUCAGUCAGCAGGCACAUUUCACCACUGAAAUUAGAAAUAUUUUGACAGUCUGUUCUGCGUACCAUUCUGAGUCCACCUUUCUGUCAUACAGCAGUCGUAAAUUUCAGUGUCCUUUAUUUGACUCAGUGGGAUAUAGCUGUGGUAGGGCACAGAUGUGCAGUAGAGUCCUGUUAAUGGCAUUUCACUGCUCAUUCUCUUUGCCACCGUUAUGAAGCUUUUCUUUGUAAAAUUAUCAGUGCAAAGCUCUGUAUUUAUCAUGGUAGAACUCCAGUGUUAGAGUAGUUUUCUCUUACAGUAUACACUCUUUGGUUAGGUUUGUGUAUGUGUUGCUGAUUACAUUAGAACUUGAUGUUAAGUCAUUAUUUAUCACACUCAUGAGAGCAGUAAUAAAAGUGUGUAAUCUAGGAGAAAAAGUUAAUUUGUCAAACUUAGAUAAGCAUGAUGUUUAGGUCCUAUUUUUCAAUUUUAUAACUGUUUUAUUGCAACAAUAUUUGUAUUUAAGUCUCCAUUUUAAUGCCUUGUGGUGUUUUUUUAUGCAUGUCACUAAGUUGUCAGCCCACAUAAAUUGAUGUGCAGCAUAGGGUAUUAAAUCUACAUAAUGAUUUUAAAAACAGAAAUAGUUGAUGGUAAAAUGUAAAUGUUUUGCAAAAAAUUCCUUAUAAAAAGUUUCGUAGUAACAUUUCACUUGUAAAUUUUUUGUAAAAAAAGAAAAUGGAAAAAAAGAUGAAUACAGAAAAAAAAAAAACCUGUUUUCCCAUAUACUAGAAUUUAGACAAUUAUUCUGCCAGCAAAGCCUCUGGGGCUGUAAUUGACAUUUUUACAGUGCUGAUUUGUAUAAAAUUUGUUUUUUUUGUGGAUUUGGAAAUAAAAUCAUGUACAAGUUGU